UUUUUUCUAAAGGAUAACCCCACUAAGCUUUGUCUCAAGAAAAGUACACUGGCCAGUACGUGCAUAAAACCAAUCUCUGCAACACACAGUCGAACACCCAGUUGGCAAUUCCCAAAAAUCCAUUUGAUAAAUUCUAAAAACCCCCAAAAAAUAUGGGUAACAUUUUGAUUUUGUCAUGGAAUCACAUAAUAUUUACUUAUUCUCUAAGAAAUUAAGGAAGCAAUAAUUUGGUUUUUAUAAAUUAGAGAUUUUAAGUUAAAAUUUUAAGAGCAUUAGAAUGAAACAUGAAAUUGUUCUUCCCGAUCAAUACACAGCAUACAAUAUCAGAUAUAUAAAUAUAUUGGGAAAAGGAAAUUUCACUGAGAUUGGUUUCUUGCAUGAUGGAUUUUGCAGACCCAGAAACUGGGGAGGAUUAAUAUUAUCGUUAUUAUAAGAAGGGGAGUUUGGAAAAAUUAAGAUUUAAUUUUACACCUCUCCUUUGUUUCCUCCGCUCAGGGGAAGCCAGAUUCACACACUUCACCUCUGCAUUGUUUCCUCCGCCCCACCCACUUCCCACCUCCACGCCUCUGCCCUUUUCAUCUUCUUCCCUGCUCGAUAAGUUUCUUCCUCAGAGAGAGAGAUAUAUAUAUAGAGAGAGAGAGAGAGAUUCAACACAGGCCUCCACCGUCUGCAACAACAAGACAAUGGCUUCAACCCUCUCUGCUGCAAACAUCAUCCAUCAUCACCCCCUUAAUCUCAGAUCCCAUGACAGAAAGCCCUUCUUCGAUUCCCCCCACAAAUCCGCCGCACCCACUUCCUCCUUCCUCGGAUCUGCCCACAAACUCCUCCGCCUCGAUUCUCUCUCCAAACCCAAUUCCGUAUUCCCUCGCCGCCGCUCCGCCGUCGUCGCAGUCUCCGACGUCGUCAAGGAAAAGAAGCCCAAAUCCACCGCCGCCUCCUCUUCCAAUCUGCUGAUCACGAAAGAGGAAGGCUUGGUGCUAUUCGAGGACAUGAUCCUGGGAAGAUCUUUCGAAGACAUGUGCGCCCAGAUGUAUUACAGAGGUAAGAUGUUCGGCUUCGUUCACCUCUACAACGGCCAAGAAGCUGUCUCCACGGGCUUCAUUAAGCUCUUGAAGAAGGAAGAUUGCGUCGUCAGUACGUAUCGCGAUCACGUUCAUGCGCUGAGCAAAGGAGUCCCCGCUCGCGCCGUGAUGAGCGAGCUCUUCGGCAAGGCCACGGGCUGUUGCAGAGGCCAAGGUGGGUCUAUGCAUAUGUUCUCUAAAGAGCACAACGUUCUCGGCGGGUUCGCGUUCAUUGGGGAGGGAAUUCCGGUGGCCACCGGAGCCGCAUUCACCUCCAAGUACCGGAGGGAGGUUAUGAAAGAGGCGGAUUGCGAUCACGUUACUCUGGCCUUCUUCGGAGACGGAACCUGUAAUAAUGGGCAGUUCUUUGAGUGCCUGAACAUGGCGGUGUUGUGGAAAUUGCCCAUUGUGUUUGUUGUGGAGAAUAAUUUGUGGGCAAUUGGGAUGUCGCAUCUGAGGGCGACCUCGGAUCCGGAGAUUUGGAAGAAGGGUCCAGCGUUUGGCAUGCCGGGGAUUCAUGUCGACGGGAUGGAUGUUUUGAAGGUGAGAGAGGCUGCCAAGGAGGCAAUUGGAAGGGCUAGGAGGGGCGAAGGACCGACCUUGGUGGAAUGUGAGACUUACAGGUUUAGAGGGCACUCUUUAGCUGAUCCUGAUGAGCUUCGUGACCCUGCUGAGAAGGCUCGUUAUGCUGCCAGAGAUCCUCUCGCAGCCUUGAAGAAGUACAUGAUUGACAAUAAUCUGGCCACAGAAGCAGAGUUGAAGGCCAUAGAGAAAAAGAUAGAUGAGAUGAUUGAGGAGGCUGUUGAGUUUGCAGAUGAAAGCCCGUUUCCAGCUCGCAGCCAGCUGCUAGAAAACGUAUUUGCUGAUCCAAAAGGAUUUGGGAUUGGACCAGAUGGGAGGUACAGAUGUGAGGAUCCCAAAUUCACCGAAGGCACUGCUCAAGUCUAACCUUUCAAGACUAUCCACAUCUCUCCAUUCAUUUGGCUUUCAGUUCAAGCGAGCAGGGUUAUAUUUAUUUACUACUAGAAGCAAUUACUUGUUUAUAAGUGUUAGAUCUGCCAAUACAAGCAGGUUUGUUCGUUUAGGUAGUUUUCUUACUUUCAAUUUUUGCCCUGUUUUUAUUUCUGGUAAUUGAACCUAGUGUUCUCUAUGGCAAACUGCCGAGUGCUACAGGGCUUUUUCCAGUUCUCUGUUCCUGUGGAUGGAUGAUAAGCCAUUAAAUUUUGUGAUUUGUUUGCUGAUUGUUGUGUAUCAGAAUUUUAGCUAAAUCAACAGCGCUGAUGAAAGCCUAAUACACUAAUUUUUUUUUCUUAAAAA